UAGAUCAAGACUAUAUUACAUGUACAGUAGUCUUAGGCGAGACUUUUUUAUUUAUUGGUUUACGGAUUUGACUUUAAAAAUAAGAGGUCGGUAGGUCGGAAAAAGAUUUUUAAAAAAAUGAACUGAGUAUAAAUGAGAACCGAAAUUAAUAAUCUUUAUAAAAAUUUUUAACGUCGAUUUAAAAAAAAAAAAACGCAAAAAACGUGGCUAAUCUCCAUAUUGAUUGUCACAACGAUAACAUGAGCCAGCAGUACCUAGAGUCAAAGUUCACUUGAAGUGUACUUCAUGUCAGAACCCCAAAUUAACUAAAAUUGUAAAAUUUUUGACAUCCAAAUUUAUUUUUUUUAACUUUCUGAAUAUUUACGGUCGGCGGAUCUGUAAACCAAUGAAUAAAAAAGUCUCGCCUUAAGCUACUCUGAUCUACAAUUUCUUGAUCUCUUCUUCCAGGUUUCAGUACUUUUCUCGGCAUGGUUGUCACAGCUUUUGCUUCGUCAGAGAUUUUCAGAAUAUUCUUUAAAAUGUUUUUCGGAAUAGUUGUACUUGGUUUACUGCAUGGGCUGUGUUUUCUACCAGUGUGGUUGUCCAUAUUUUGUCGUCAUCAAAUUGUCAUACACCUCAAACAUGAUGAUGUGCAGACCAACCCUGAUGCCUCAUCAGUUGGGUAAGUAGAGAUAAACAUAUUGCUUAAAAAUUUAUUGUGGUUUCCCCAUUUUUCAUCCUUGACCAUUCAAGUGGCAAUGUGCCCAGAUGUGCCCUACUUUGUUAUUUUACUCUGUCUAACGCUAGACGAUUUUACUCUAUCUAACGCCAGACGAUUUUACUCUAACGCCAGACGAUUUUACUCUGUCUAACGCCAGACGAUUUUACUCUGUCUAACGCCAGACGAUUUUACUCUAACGCCAGACGAUUUUACUCUAACGCCAGACGAUUUUACUCUGUCUAACGCCAGACGAUUUUAGUCUAACGCCAGACGAUUUUACUCUAUCUAACGCCAGACGAUUUUACUCUAACGCCAGACGAUUUUACUCUGUCUAACGCCAGACGAUUUUACUCUGUCUAACGCCAGACGAUUUUACUCUAACGCCAGACGAUUUUACUCUGUCUAACGCCAGAUGAUUUUACUCUAACGCCAGACGAUUUUACUCUGUCUAACGGCAGAUGAUUUUACUCUGUCUAACGGCAGACGAUUUUACUCUGUCUAACGCCAGACGAUUUUACUCUGUCUAACGCCAGAUGAUUUUACUUGUCAGGGGGGAGAGUGCUGCCACUCAAUAAGUUAAGGUUUCCUUUUACAUUUUACCAAACUUUUUUAAAUUAAAACAUGUUUUUAUCAGUCGAAACUAACUGUUUUGAUGCGAGAAAUGCUUUUCGAUCAUUUUCAGAAAUAUGAUUUUUUCUGUGUUGGUGUUAUGUACUCAGGUGAAUAUGAUGUUUGUUAUGUUACUCUGAGUAUAUAUCCACACCGGACAAGCUUGCAAAAUAUAUACACUCAGAGUAACAUCACAAACAUCAUAUUCACCUGUCUACAUAACACCAACACAGAAAAAAUCAUAUUACUAGAUUGCAUUGAUAUCGAAGGAACUAGACUCAGUUCUGAAAUACCACACACUCGAACCGACCUCAGUUGGCAGAGCAUUGGGCUACUAUUCCAAAGGUCGUACUACACUAGGUUCGAUUCCCACCGUGGCCAGGCAUAUUUUUCAAGCUUGUCCGGUGUGGAUAUACACUCAGAGUAAACAUCACAAACAUCAUUUUCAGAAAGUUUCAUAAAGUUUGGAGUGGUUUGGGGGCACUUUUUAAAUUUUGAGAAAAUUUCCUGUGGUAAUGCUGUGUGUGUGCCGCCUAAUUUUGAGACAUGUUCUUACCCAAGUUGCGUUUAUUAUCUGACUUAAUCAUGGUAAAAUGAUGCAGAGUGCACGUUUUUUUAAUGCUCGCUGCCCUAGAAUGAUGUAAUAUUGUAUCUAACUCAAAUGUUUAACUCCUAGGAAUUGGCAUGUUAAUUCUGUUACAUCUGUAUUUGUAUAGGAAAGAUGGAGGUGUCGAAAGUCAUGCCCUUUCAAACAUAAAUCAUGCUGUGUCUGCCUCGACUGUCAAUAUGAGUAAGAUAAAUUCAGAGAACACACAACAGUCACCAAGCUCCCAAGAUGUGAAGUAUUCUGAGAAUUCAAGUCCAGGAAAUCAAGUUGAAGAAGAAACUCGAAGCUGUGCAUCUGGAGAAAAUUCACAGUCAGGUGGUAGUCGUGAUAAACUAAACUCUGACUUGCACGAAACUCAGAUGUGAAGAUUUAUAUUUAUAAAUUCUGAAUAAUUUUGUAUCUUAGGAAGAGAGGCUUGACCAAUCAGUGAGACUCUUUUGUAAAUGUGUACCAAUCAGAAGUCUGUAUUUUAAUGCUAAAAACAGAAACAGCAUUUUUCCAUUUCAUGGAAUUCCGUGGAGUAAAUUAUAUUCAAACUUUCAAAUUUAGGGCAUGCCAGCACAGAAUAGAAAUAGAGGUGCAGGGUGCAGCUCUAUUUCACUUAACCCAAGUAUUAGGCUCUAUUUUACAAAUAAUAUUUAUUAUUUAAUAUUUAUAUGAAACUCUGCCUGGUGAAUUUAUUCCCCCGAUGCAAUGUAGGUGAAUGUAGGUGGUUUUAGCUCCAUUUUCUUUACAGUCGUGGUUGGGUCAUUAGUUAAAGGUGAUCUACAAUCCGUAUGUAAACAAAGCCUUUGUUUACAUUUUUGUGUCCAAAAUAUUGAGCUUUAUUCGACAACUAUUUAUAUUUUCAAGCUUCUAGAGUAUAAAAAAUUAUCAAGAAACAACAAUCAGGCUUUUCAAGAACUCAAAACAUAGUUAAACUGUUUGUAUCAUAAAAAGUGGGCUCAUUUGUGCACAUGCGCAGAUCGGACUGUAGAUCACCUUUAAUAUAGUCAAACAAUAUGUGGAAAGCAAAAAUAGCGAAG